GUCGGCAGCGUGCGUCCGUCCCGGCGUGCCGUGGAUGCCAAGCCACUCUCGCCGGCUAGCUGGCCAUUCCAGACGCUUCCUCCUCCCAACAUCGCAACAGAGGCCGGCCUUCGUUUCGGCGCUUUUCGUACGCAAAACGAGGCCCAAAAUUAGCCCGAUCUCGUUUGCAGCCCACCUACGCAAAGCCGGAAGUGGGAGUGGGACUCCCGUUAAAAUUUCCGUCGCAGCGUCGCCGGCCGCCGGCGACGCGAGGGCAGACGACGAGACCAAGCAGCCAGAGAGUCGAUCGCCGCAUGCGAUGCGAGUGCGAGUGCGAUGCGACCGGCAGUUACAUCCCGGGAUCACGCGCGCCCCGGGCGUUUCCGCCUCCAAACCCACCCCAACCACCCAUCAUCUCCUUCUCCUUGUCCUUCUCCUUUCCCUCCCAUCUCUCAUUCUCACCAUUCACCAAUGCAGCAACUCACGCAUCGCAAAACCUCAAAAAAAAAAGUGCUGCAAAAUCACGGCCAUUUCAUGAGCAGACAGGCACACGGCAACGUCUGCUGCUGGUGGUGGUAGUAGGACUUGGGGCUCGUGUUGUGUGAUUUGACAAGUUGGGAGAGAGAGGGAGACGGCGAGAUGGGGUUUGUGGAGAGCAUUGGGAGGUACAGGGUUGGCCGGACCAUCGGCGCCGGCACGUUCGCCAAGGUCAGGCUCGCCGUCGACGCCGACACCGGCGCCACCGUCGCCGUCAAGGUCAUCGACAAGAGGAUGGUGAUCCGCAACAACCUCAUGUACCAGGUCAAAAGAGAGAUCACGGCCAUGAAGCUCCUCAACCACCCCAACAUUGUCAAGAUAUAUGAGGUGAUCGCGACGAAGACGAAGAUAUGCCUGGUAAUGGAGUAUGUCUCAGGAGGGCAGCUAUCUGACAAGCUAAGUUACCUCAAGAGGUUGGAUGAGAAGGAAGCGAAGAAGUAUUUCUACCAAUUGAUUGAUGCUGUAGACUACUGCCAUAGGAGAGGUGUCUACCACAGAGAUCUCAAGCCUGAGAACUUGUUGGUAGAUAAUCAAGGCAAUCUCAAGGUAUCUGAUUUUGGCCUCAGCGUGCUAAAAAAGCCAGGACAGUUUCUAUCCACAUCUUGUGGCUCACCAUGCUAUGUAGCUCCUGAGGUGAUUCAGCACAAGAGUUAUGAUGGGGCAGCUGCAGACGUCUGGUCUUGUGGUGUGAUCCUGUUUGAACUUCUUGCUGGUUAUCUACCAUUUCAAGACUGCAGCUUAACAAACUUGUACAGAAGGAUAUCUCGAGCUCAGUUUGUUUUUCCACAAUGGCUCAGUGUCCCUCAGAAGAAGAUUAUAAUCAGGAUACUGGAUCCAUCUCCUAUAACAAGAGCAAAGAUAAGCGAUAUUUUUGAUGAUAAGUGGCUCCAAGAUCACUGCAAUCCAUCAGCAAGGAUUGAGAAUGAUGAUGAUUGUGAUGUUAUUGAAGAGGCCAGCACAGACAGUGAUAGCAGUCACAACACAGAGGUAAAGGAAACUGAAGAGAUGACGGCAGAAACUGACCGAUUCAUUAAUGCCUUCCAAUUGAUAGCGAGAUGCAGUGAUCUUGACUUGUCAGGUCUCUUCCAGGAGCAGAAAACAAAGCUCGCCUCGCCACACCCAGUACAGGAAACCUUCGACAAGAUCAAGGUUGCAGCCAAGGAUGUGAGCAUGGCAGUGAAGAGAAUGAACAGCUCUCUGGUGGAGAUUCAGGACAGCAAAUUACUACCAAGAAGCAAUCUUGAUCUUACUCUGUCGGCCGAGGUGAUCAAGGUAACACCAGCUCACUGCGUCGUCGAGGUGUCCAAAUCAACUGGGGAUCUGAGAUCAUACAAAGAGUUCUGUAGAAGCCUAUCAAGCUUGCUCAAUGGUGGACAGCUGUCUGCAAGCUCAUCUGAUAUGGAGUGUGAUUAAUCAAGUUAUGUUCUAUGAGUAGAUGAAUCAAUGAAUCUUCAAUUAUCACAAACUCAUGGAGUUCAGGAGCAAACAAGAGUGCCUACCGGGCAACUGGUGAGUGGUGACCUGAAAAAAAGGUGAUGAUAAACAGGACUAAAGUCAUUCAUCGCCCUUCUGCCGUAAAUGCUGGUGCUGACGUGUUGUAACUUGUACCUUCAACUGUAUGAUAAACAAAACAUGUUGCAUGCAAAGGGAACAUGCAAGCCAUUUCCAUGUAUUGGAUUUUUUCCCCCCUGAACUUAUAAUUUUCAUUAUUGUGCUUUUCUAACCAACAUCACAUUUCUGAAGGAUCUUAUUGCCUUCUACUGUUUA